AUGGGGAAAGCAUUCAGUACAGCAGCCCUCAAGGCGCUAAUGCCCAAACUUGCAAGAAAAUCUGACCAACUCAUUGAUAUCAUCAAGAACAUCCCUCCCAAACAACCAGUCGAAUUUCAACGCCUGAUGGUGCGUUUCGUGUUUGAUGUUGUUGGGGUGGGUGGCUAUGGCAUUGACUUCAAGUCCCUUGAGAAUGAGCAGCACCCUUGCUUGGAGGCUAUACAGUAUUGCAUGCAUGAUGCACUAGCCAGCACUAUGAACCCUUUUCGUCGCUUGGUGAAGUGGGCAUUCCCAAUGUGUAAGCUUGCCCGAGAAUGCAACAGCAUGUACUCACAGAUGUACAGCUUCUAUGACAUGAUCGCGAACGAGAUAAGAGAAAGGGGAGAGCCUGCAGAAGAUGACUUGUCCAUGUCAGCUUGCUUGAUGCGGAUAAAAGACCCGAAUGUGGGGGGACCCCUGAACGAUGCACUCCUGUCAUCUGAAGUUGGGGGUUUCAUGAUUGCGGCCACCGAUACUACCAGUCACUCAAUAGCAUGGGCCCUGUUUGCCAUCGCCUCCCACCCCAAAGUUCAGCAAAAGAUCGUGGAUGAGCUGAAGACCAGCGGACUGCUUCAUCGGAUCAAAGAAGGGGCCACUGAUCGGGUGUCCUACUCCGAGAUCAUGGGACUUGAGUGGUUGGGGAUGGCCAUGAAGGAAGUUAUACGGAUGUUCCCUGUGGUGCCCAUUGGCAGCAUGAGGAUCACGGCUGCCGAUGGGAUGAAUGUGUAUGGGUAUCGUGUCCCAAAAGGCACAGUGGUCUCUGUGAAUGUGCAUUGCUUGAACUACUCCCCUUUGCUGUGGGACGAUCCGGGCACCUUCAACCCCGAGAGAUGGCGCAAAAUGGCACCAACUGAGCAGGCUGGGACUGAGUUCGCACCUCAACCUUCAACAAAGGGCAAUCCUCGGAUCUUAUGGGCUUUCAGCGAUGGACCCAGAAACUGCUUGGGGCAAAGGAUGGCGAUGAUGGAGAUGCACCUUGUGGUGGCAGUGCUGUUGGCACAUUUUGAACUCAGGCUUGCAGAGAGGAUGGGCGGAUGGGAGGAGGCCUUGUCUCGCCAGUAUCUCGCAGGCGUUUUGUGCAUCGAUGGUGGAAUGUGGUUGGAUUGCAUUCCUCGACAGACCACCGAGAAAUGA